AUGCGCCGGCUGGGCCAGCUGAACGCUACGCUGGCCGAGCAGACGCAGCGAGCACAGACGCUGGGCGCCGACCUGCAGCGGAAGAGCUCCGAGCUGGAGGCGGCCGGUCUGUCGCUCGUCGAUCUGCAGACGCAGCUGUCGAACGCCAACAACCGUCUGUCAAGCGCGGAGUGCUCGCUGCAGGAGCGCGACGCCGCGCUCCAGGACGCGCACGAGCGCGCCGAGGAGCGCGCGCAGCGGGCCGAGCGCGAGCUGGCCGAGAAGGGGCGCCAGUGCGACAGCCUGACGGUGGAGGUCAACGAAAAGUCGCAGCUGGCCACGGCGCUGGAGCAGCAGCUUCGCUCCGAGCAGACACAGCUCGCUGAGCUGGGCGGGCGGCUGCGCGGUGCCGUCGAGCAGCGCGAGCGCCAGGCCGCCCAGCUGGAGACCCUGCAGGAGGCGCGCGACCGCCUCGAGGGCGAGAAGCUCGAGGCGGAGAGCGCGCUGGCGCGGCUGCGCGAGCAAUCCAAGACGGAGCUGGCUGAGCGGGAGAAGGAGCUGGCGGCGGCGCGCGCCGGCGCCGAGGACGCGGCCCGGGACGUCAGCCGACUGCGGGAGGAAGCGCGCGCCGCGGCUGAGACGGCCGAGCGGCGGGACGCCCAGCUGGCCGAGCGCAGCGCCGCCUGGGAGACGGAGCGGGCCCAGCUCCAGACCGAGGCCACCCAGCUGCGCACGAAACUGGAGGGCGCUGAGUCUUCGCUCUCGGGGACGCGUCAGGAGCUGCAGCAGCUGUUGGCGCGCUCCGAGCUGCAGCUGGAGACGCUGCAGGAGAGCCUGGGCUCGCUGCGCGCCGAGCUGCAGCAGCAGACGGCCGUCAACGGCGAGCUGCAGAAGCGGCUGGACGAGAUCCUCGGCGAGAAGCUCGAGCUGGAUGCGCAGGUGAGCACGGCCGAGGAUGAGCGGCGCGCGCUGGUGGAGCGCUGCCUGGACUCGGAGCGCGACCUGGAGCGCCAGAAGACCGGCGGCGUCGAGCUGCGCCGCAAGCUGGACGACACGACGGCCGCGCUCCAGGAGCUGGCCAGGGAGAAUCAGAUGCUGCAGAUGGAGAACGCGCGCGCGCAGGACCGCAAGUGGACGGACGACUCGCUGGUGACGGCGUGCCACGGCUGCGACAAGGAGUUCACGCUGACCGUGCGCAAGCAUCACUGCCGCUCGUGCGGCCAGAUCUUCUGCAAGGAGUGCAGUGCCCGCACGGCCACGCUGCCCAGCAGCAAGAAGCCGGUGCGCGUGUGCGAGCCCUGCUUCGCCGAGGUCACCGCCAAGUAGCCGGGCCUCGGGCACCGGCCGAUGGGCGGGCACGGUGGCGGCGGACUGGGUCAGAGACCCCGGGACGCUGGGGCGAAGACAGCGGGAGCGGGUGCUAGGGAUGGUGCUGCGGCGGCCGACCGGACCCGACCCGACCCGACCCGACCCGACCC